AAGGAGGUUGGGUUGGUCGACUUUGCUAAGAUAAGAGAAGAGAGACUGACUCUCUCUCUCUCUAACUCUUCAUUCUUCUCUCUUUUACCUUCUCUCCAAGAAAUCUUCACUUUCUCUCUAGAAAAAAGUUGGAAGCUGACUCGAUAAAGACUCUCUUUUUCUUCUUCUUCCUGCAAAUGGCGAUCGAGGAUCAAGAGAACACAAUCCGUGAAAUCAAACCUAAGAACAGAAGAAUCAUGGUACUUUUUUAAAACAAUACUCUGUUUCUAUGUUACUUCUUCUCUGCUCUGUUCUUCAAAUGUGCAAUGGUUUCUAUGUGUUUUAGCUUCUGGGUUUGGGGUUUUUGAUUGAAUUUGAAAGUUAAAACCUUGAAAAUGGUGAAAAGUUGUUGUUUUUUUUCUUUUCAAUUUAAAAUGGGUUCUUCAUUGAAGUGCUCUGUUUUCUUUUUUUGUAUACCUAACAAAAAGAUUUGAUUUUUUUUUUUGAUUUUGAAGAAUCAGAACAAUGCUCGAUUCCGUUAGUUAAAUUUUACUUUAUUUGGUGUCACGAAUUGGUACAAUAUGCUUUUUUCAUUAGAUACCAAAUUAUAUACUUUUAAACUCUUAGAAAUCCAGUGAAAUAGUGAGCACGAAUCUGAAAAAGAUAAAUGGAACAGAAUCAAAUUUCAAACUUCUAUCACAAGAUUAAUUCAAUGAAUUGAAAUGAAGGUUUAAGAGUUAUGUCUCAAUGUUCUCUUGAGGGAGCUGGUGGUCCGGAGGAAGAGGAGAACCGGUGGCCGCCAUGGUUGAAACCUUUGCUUAAAGAGCAAUUCUUUGUUCAUUGCAAGUUUCAUGGAGACUCUCAUAAGAGUGAAUGCAAUAUGUAUUGCUUAGACUGCACCAAUGGCCCACUUUGCUCUCUUUGUCUUGCUCAUCACAAGGAUCAUCGCACCAUUCAGAUAAGGAGAUCUUCUUAUCAUGAUGUUAUAAGGGUGAAUGAGAUACAAAAGUAUCUUGAUAUAGGUGGGAUCCAAACCUAUGUGAUCAAUAGUGCUAAAGUCGUCUUCCUGAAUGAGAGGCCUCAGCCUAGGCCUGGGAAAGGAGUGACCAAUACCUGCAAGGUUUGCUAUCGUAGCCUCGUUGAUGAUAGCUUCCGCUUCUGCUCUCUUGGCUGCAAGAUUGCUGGAACAUCAAGAGGCUUUGAAAAGGGAAGGGAGAACCUGCUAAUGGAAACAGAGGAUUCAAGUAGCAGCAUUGCAAUUGGGAAGAACAUUACAAAUCUCCAGAGUUUCAGCCCAUCAACACCUCCACUUACUACAUCUAGUAACUGCAGAAUCGUCAAGCGAAGAAAGGGAAUUCCUCACCGAUCUCCAAUGGGAUAAGAACCGAGAUUACACACAGGUUUUAGCUAAUACAGAGGCUUCUUCUGUCUCUUAUCUUUCCUCGUAUACCAAAAGAAAUGGUCUUUUGCUUGUGUUAGCAAAAAAAGAAAGGCCUUAAGUUAGGUUUUGUUGUCCUACUACUUGGGCAAAUAUGUGAAUAUGUAAUGUGCUUUGUAUAUGAUGCAAAAAGGGUAGAAAUGGAAAUAUAGGGGUUUUAGUGGGCUAAAAGUAAGAAUAAAAACAAAAUUAGUUUUUGGUUUUCAUUUAUGUAUGCAUGGUGUAAAUUUGGUUUGGUUAGGUGCAUACAUGGAUCUUGAAUAAUGAAUAAUAACAAUAAAUUAAUAAUGAGAAUACCUACCUUUGUGUAUUUUUUGCGAUUUU